CCAUUGCAUUUGCAACGCCAACUACGACACUGUGACACAAUUAGGUUUACAAGAACUAUAGAGUAGCUCCAAUUGAGCUCCAAAAAUAAUAUCAUUGCACAUUAUACUCGCCAAUCAAUCGGAUAAUAUGGUCCAUCAUACUAGAAAGUGAUAUUUGGAGUUAACACUAAAACAUGUGGAAGGACGUGAUAAUAUUAUUCUAGUUUAAAUUAACCCGAGUUAAAAUGUACGUAAAAUUAAAAUGGCUACCUUGCUUCAUCAUAAUGGCUUGUUUGUUUUACGUUCAAGGAGAAAAAACAAUUGGAGCGAUUUGUGACGAUGGAAGUUUUUUAUUCGAGGCGGCCUUUAAUGUGGCUAUUACAGCAGCAUCGGAAAAUGAGGAAAGCCAAUUCCAAGCAAACGUCGUGCGAACAUCUCCUGGUGAUAUAAUGGAAGCUGAAACGGCCAUGUGCUCACUUUUAGAGAAUAAUAUCUACGGAGUAUUUGGACCCAAAACCAAAAAUGCGUUGCAUCAUGUCCAGUCUAUUGCUGACUUUUUGGAAAUCCCUCAGUUAAUAGCUGAACCCGUUGAAACCCUAAAUCGAAAUUGGUCUGCUGUUAAUUUAUAUCCGAAUCACAUCGCCUAUUCACAGAUAUUUGCUGAUAUAAUUGAAAUAAAGGGUUGGAAAGAGUUUACAAUAAUUUACGAAGGCGCUGAACACUUACCUUUCUUAGACAGUAUAAUUUCAAUGCAUGAAUUAGAUUCCGAACUCAAAAUGUUAAUAACAGUAGUACAGAUGCCCGAAGGUGAUGAUUUCAGAUCCCAGCUAAAAACAAUUAAAACUUCAGGUUCCGUUAAUUAUCUUGUAAGCUGUAGCAUAGACAAACUACCGCUUGUAUUAGAACAAGCACAACAGGUCGGAUUAAUGUCUGAUGAUCACAGCUAUGUUAUAAUGGAUCCAGAUUUUCAUACGAUUGACAUCGAUCCCUAUAAACAUGGAGGAUCUAAUAUUACGGGAAUUAGAUUUUUUGAUCCUGAAUUAGAACAUAUUCAGAAUUUCAUCACUUCUUUAAAUGAACAGGUAAAAGAAUUAUCCGAGGGAAAAAUUGAAAAUGCAAUAGAGAACAAUGGUCUCCGAUUUAACCUGGCGCUAGUGUAUGACUCAGUGAUCUUGUAUACUUCAGCAAUAAAGGCAAUGGGUUUGGAGGAAGGCGCUGAGAAUAUAACUUGCGAUAGCGAUGAGAGUUGGACUUUUGGUUCCACUCUCAUUAAUCACGUGCGAACCAUGGAACUUGACGGUUUGACCGGGAUGGUGAAAUUUGACGAAGAAGGCUUUCGUUCUGAACUAGAGGUUGAUAUUCUGGAAGUUAUGGCUCAUGGUUUCGAAAAGAUAGGAUCGUGGACAACGGAAGAUGGAUUUGUUGAGUCCAGAAAAAUUGUUCCUCCGGUGGAACAAGAAAAAAGUGAAUCAAUGAAAGGAAAACAUUUCAUAGUGCUUACAGCGUUGAGUGCGCCAUACGGAAUGCUAAAAGAGUCUUCAAAAAAAUUAGAGGGAAACGAUCGUUACGAAGGUUUCGGCAUAGAAAUCAUCGAAGAACUGGCAAAGAUGAAUGAAUUCAAUUAUACAUUUGAUAUCCAAGCCGACGGCGUUUACGGAUCUUAUGACUCCAAAACUGGUAAAUGGAAUGGAAUGAUGGAGAAAAUAAUGGACGGUAGGGCAGAUUUUGCAAUAACCGAUUUGACAAUAACUGCAGCUCGUCAGAAAGCGGUUGACUUUACAAGUCCUUUUAUGAACUUGGGUAUCACUAUAUUAUACAAAAAGCCCACAAAACAACCGCCCGACUUGUUCUCAUUUAUUUCACCGUUUUCAUACCAGGUUUGGGGUUAUUUAGCAGGGGCUUAUGUUGGUGUGUCGGCGCUUCUUUUCAUUCUUGGACGAUUUGCACCAGAAGAAUGGCAGAACCCAUAUCCAUGCAUAGAGGAACCUGAAACUUUGGAUAACCAAUGGACUUUAGCGAACUCUUUUUGGUUUACUUUGGGUAGUGUUCUUACACAGGGAUCUGAAAUAGCACCUAUUGCGAUAUCCACAAGGAUGGCAGGUAGUAUGUGGUGGUUCUUCACUCUAAUAAUGGUGUCUUCAUACACAGCAAAUCUUGCUGCAUUCUUAACAGUGGAAUCAAAGUUCUAUGCGAUAAAAAGUGUGUCUGAUUUAGCAAAUAAUCCUUAUGAAAUCACUUAUGGGGCGAAGAAAGGCGGUGCUACUUUCAGCUUCUUUAAGGAAUCCGACAAUUUACUAUAUCAGAAAAUGUACCAAUAUAUGGACGCACACCCAGAGCUGAUGACACCUACUAACGAUAUCGGGCUUGAAAGGGUCAAAUCAGAAAAGGAAAAUUACGCAUUUCUAAUGGAAUCUUCAUCAAUCGAGUAUUUAGUGGAGAGAAAUUGUGACGUAGCACAAGUAGGUGGACUGCUGGAUAGUAAAGGAUACGGAAUUGCCAUGAAGAAGAAUUCACCAUAUAGGCAACCGAUGAGCGAGUCAAUAUUGCAGUUGCAAGAACAAGGAAAAAUAGCCAGGAUGAAAGACAAAUGGUGGAAGGAGAAAAGGGGAGGUGGCAUAUGUGCGGAUGACGACGAAGGCAGCGGAGAUGCUCAACCAUUAGUGCUAGCGAAUGUUGGUGGAGUAUUCAUCGUACUUGCGGCGGGUUCUGGUUUGGCAGCAAUCUGUGCUUUUAUCGAGAUGAUUUUCGAUGUAUGGCUAACAUCGCAUAGAGUAAAGGUACCAUUCAAAGAUGAACUGAUCGCUGAACUGAAAUUCAUAUUUAGCUUUAGUGGAGACGUAAAACCUGUUCGUCACCGAGAAUCAACAGGAAGUGGGUCCAAAGAGUCAAAGAAAGAAGAAAACAAGGAAGGGGAAGAUCCUGAAUCACGCAGGGAAAGUGAAAACAGAAAUGAAAUAGCACCCUCACGGCAUUCGGAUAGAUCUAGUCAUUCCCACCAUAACACUCACAGUAGAAGACAAAGUAAUGCGAUGCAGAUAGCAAGAUCACGCAAAUAUAGCAGACAGUAUUCAAACAAGUCCCAAUUAAUACCUGAAAACUAAAAAGACAAAACGUAGAUUUUAUGAUUGAAAACCAAAAAGACAAAACGUAGGUUUUAUGAUAUAUCUAAAUAAAUUAUUCCUUUAAAAUGUA